AAGCUCUAGCGUUUCCGGCCAGCUCAGCGCGUCAGCACUGUGGUGUUGUCAGUGUCAGAGUGAACUGUAGUGUCUGUGAAACCCUGGACCUGAACACUUCACCUGUGGCGUUUACCUGGGCGCUGUGAAGACGAUGGUUCUGCUAACGAUGAUCGCUCGGCUGGCCGACGGUCUGCCGCUGGCCGCUUCGAUGCAGGAGGACGAGCAGUUGGGUCGAGAUCUGCAGCAGUAUCAAAGUCAAGCUAAGCAGCUGUUCAGGAAGCUCAACGAGCAGAGUCCCACACGCUGCACCUUAGAGGCUGGGUCCAUGUCAUUUCACUACGUUAUAGAGAAAGGAGUGUGCUACCUCGUGCUGUGUGAAGCCAGCUUUCCCAAAAAGCUGGCCUUUGCUUACUUAGAAGACCUGCAGGCAGAGUUCCACGAGCAGCAUGGGAAAAAGGUCUCGACAGUGUCCCGGCCCUACUCCUUCAUUGAGUUUGACACCUACAUCCAAAAAACCAAGAAGUCCUACAUUGACAGUCGAGCGCGAAGGAAUCUAGGCAGCAUUAACACAGAGCUGCAGGACGUACAGAGGAUCAUGGUGGCGAACAUCGAGGAGGUACUGCAGAGAGGAGAGGCUCUCUCUGCGCUCGACUCCAAGGCCACCAACUUGUCCACCAUGUCAAAGAAGUACAGGAGCGACGCCAAGUAUCUGAAUACCCGCUCCACUUACGCCAAGCUGGCAGCAGGCGGUGUCUUUUUCAUCAUGCUCAUCGUCUAUGUACGCUUUUGGUGGCUCUGAGAGAGAGAGCGAGGGAGAGAGAGGGAGGGAGAGAGAGGGAGAACAUGAAGAAGAGGAAGAAGUGGAAAAUGAGACGCUAAGAAAAACAAAAAGAAAAAUAAUAAGACUUUACCGCACAUCUCAUCGUCCACUCAGUCCAUGGAUAUAAAUGAUCUCAGAAUACAUCGUUUUAUUAUUAACAUAUUAAUGGCUUUGUAUUAAAAAAAGCAAUUAGCAAGUGUAGAGGGAAAAUGUUAACGCGAGUUUCCAAAGCUGUUCUGCACCAAGAUGAAACCCUGCCUUACUGCCUAAUCAUACACAGAAGAGGGAAAAAAGAAAGACUUUUAGCACAUCAUGUAUGACAUCACAAUCCUAAUGAUGUCUUUACGGGCUUUUAAUGUGAGAAAAAUGAGACAAGAAAUACAUGGCUUUAUACCUAGACACAAAAAAGUACAUAAAAUACUCUGCUUUCUUAGAAAUGCUGUACUGAAGCCUUUAAAAUGCUCUUUCACCUUUCACCUGCGUCUAUAAGGGUUAAGGACUAAACAAAAAUAAUUAGGGGAGAAACGAUGGCAAGGAAAGAAGAAAGAGGUUGUUUGUCUUGUUUAUUUUGAGUUGAGUAGCAGGAGAGGGACACUUAAUUUCACCUUAAAUUAGCCUCCUUUAAGGAUAUUCAUUUGGAGUUUAAUGUGUGUGUCACAGGGACUCAGAAAAAGAUAAAAUGCUUUUGACAAAGGAAAAGAAAAAUAGAAAUUUUGCUCUUAAAAAGUUCGAUUUUUAAAAAAUGAAAUAUAAAAUAGAAUCCCUCUCCUCUUCCUGUCACGCUCAUUGAUCCCUAAACCUGACCUGAAGUGUGUUUCCUCACACCCUUUAUGUUCUCUUGACCCACAACGUUUGUGGACCAGCACCUUUAUGUAACCACACAUUUAAAUAAAAACAGAUUUACUGUCAGGUCCUUUUCAUUUUGUAGAAAGUUUAUUCAGUUUUUGUUUUUCAUGUUUACUCUUGGUUUUGAAGUGGAUUCAGGCUGAGAGUCACAGCUGCUCUCAGCUUUUACUGUCAUGUCUGUCAUUGAUGAAUAAAAUCAUUUGUUAGAGGA